AAACGAUCAGACAGCGCUCUUUUCUAUCGUAAUAUCGUACCUUUUGCGUAUAUGCAUCGUUCCAGAUUUCCGUGAAACAGUGGACCCAGAAGUACCUGUUUAUGUUGCAGAUUCGAAAACCGAAAGUCGUGUUUACAACCUGAGUGAAAAAGAAGCUCAAGAUUGUGGAACAGUCUCCACAGCGAUAGUUUUAAAAAACUUUGAAAAAUUUUAACGUUAGUUGAUGGAGGUAGAUUGGACGCCAGUACUGCAUCUAGUGCAGUUUCAAACAUUCGAAAUAUCAUGAAAGCUAUGACAACAGAUAACUUGACAGACCUGUUGGACCGGAACAUCAUUAGAAAUGAAUUUCAUGCCAAUUACUGCGAAAAACAAUCGUAUGCACCACUGAGAGUGAAGAAGUAUUUGUUCUUGUUAAUGCACUUUUAUGAUUUCCUUAUCAAUGACGAAAUUACACAGCCAACGACAUUGUCCGGAUGAAGGUAUUUUGUCUUUUUUGUACGGAAGAGUAAAACAGUAUAAUAUGUGGCUAAAAUAAGGCUUGCCUAUAAACUUCGAAAUAUUUAAAAGGAUUUGAGUUAUCAUAUUGUCGCAGUUUCUUUCGGUUAUUAUAUUUUAAAACCAUGUACUGCGUUUGUCUUUUCUACAUAUUUUUUUGUUUUAAUACCAGGUUCGAAUUUCAAAUUAGUGAAAAUCUUACAAUCCGGCGGACAAAGAGCAUGAGGCGCUUAGAUGUGAAGAAAAAAUGGAAGUGCUUCUGACUCCGGAACAAAAAAGUCGUCGAAAAAUGCUCGCAAUGCCAUUAAAUUAUUUGGUGAAUAUGGAUCCGCAACAUGUCCACAGUUGAGUCAGACAGAUUAUUGCUGCAUGCGUGAGUAUCUGCUCAUGCAGAUAUGUUUACAGAACACACAAAGAUCUGGCGCUUGUUCUAAUUUGACUCUGCAAGAGUUUAACAAUGGCUGCUGGGAAGGAGCUAAAUUUUAUCUUCAGCGCCAUAUUUACGAUUACGUGAAAAUUUUUGUGGAUAAUUAAUGCUUCUUGGCAAAAAUCUGAAGUUUACGGCGGCGACAAGCCUGCUCGGAACUUGACAUGCACAAUAUUUAGAAAAUAUCAGCUUCAACAGCGGUCCUAGAGCAUCACACUCAGGGGUCGAAAGACGUGGCUGAUUUACUCCUGCAUUCAGAGAAAACACAAAAAAAAUUUACGAUGUUCGUCGGAGAAAGUUAAGCACAGCAAGAGGGACGAAAUGUGUCGGAAAUUUAUUAAGAUACAAAGCUGUUCAUCCGGAAUCCAAAGACGGAAAUGGUCCGCUGAUGAAAUUAAAGAAGUUGAACAAGUUUUUAACGCGGAAAUUAAGAAAGUGUUUGUGUCUUUGAAACUAGUCGUGGAAAAAGAAAGUUAUGUUAAUUUGUUGUGUGGAAUUCCAAAUCGUAAAAUAUAUGAUAAAGUUCGAUCAUUCAAUCAAACUUUGGGAGAGAUACCAAAAGAAACCUUGGCGGAAAAAAUGACGAUGAUUUCAUUCCGCCCUCUUCUAACGCUACGACGAACAACGAAAAGCUGUUUUUAAAAGAUAAUGCGAGGGUAUUAAAAGUGUUUUGCAAAAACAUAAUUGCCGUUGGUCCAAUCAAUCGCGUACGCAUAAAAGAAACCCUGGAGAAAAGCGAAGAUGGCCGGAAACUGCUUGUUACUUUUAAUAUUUUAAUAUGGUUACUUUUAAUAUGUCAAGUAUGAAAGAAUGUUUAGAAGCCGAAAAUAAUUUUGGUUUUUAUAUUUCAUUUGUGUGAUUGUAGCUGAUGUUUUUUUGGCCGAACUUGUGUCCUACUAAGCAUAAAUGUUAAUUAAGGCAUUGACUUUAUAUAGCUUAAGCGCUUGAACAUUUUCCACCUAUAAAUUUUACGGAUGUUAACCUCGUUCAUCCUUGAUGUUCUGUGAUUUCCGAAGCUUUUCAACAAUAACCACGCCAAUUUAAUUAUGUGUAUUCGAUGCAAAGAUUAGAACAUGCACGUUCGUCUCUUGGUUUUAGUUAAUUUUCAUUCCACAUUUAGCCGUCGAAACUGACAGUGCUUCAUAUUCUACACCGGUGAGUAUUUUAAUGUUACACUUUACUCUUCAAUAUUUAAUUACUUAAAAGGAUUAUUUUUAUCUUUCCAUUAUCCUCAUGUUUUCCUUAAUUUAGAAAUGUCUAACAAAAAAACUACAAAAACAGCUGUCAAUUUCUUAGACCAAUUCGCUAAGGAUUUUAUACGUGGUUAUGGUCCUGCAACCAAAGAAGAAACAGGUUCGGAUGAUGAUUUUCGCAAAAAGUUAAAGUCAUUCACAUGCGAAUGGCUGAACCGACCUAACGUAGCCUUGUCAGAGUUAUCCGAGACAAUUGAGGAAAACUUGCCGUUGCUUGGCGAUAAGAAGCUCAACAACAUGGUAAAAGACCGAAUAUCUAAAGUAAAGGAAUCGUUACAACCCUUUAAUAGAAAAUCUGAACAAGAAAAACCCUCAAAGUCGAACUUGAAAACCGCCUUUCGACCAGGCCAAUUUUUUUUAUAUCAACUCAGUGGAGUGGCGUACCAUUUAAUCUUUAUAUUACACGGGGUGCCCCCACUAUCAUGUCAGAAGCUGGAAAAUUGCGCUAUAUAGUAAGGACGA